AUGUCACAGGACCCCUGUUUAAAAAUUGCAACAACAAUAGUUGCAGUGAAUCAUAAAGGCAAUCGAAAUUGCCGCAACAUUCUGAAGAUUGAAGUUGCUGGUCCACAGCGCGAAACGUCCAUUCGGCGAAAUAACACUCCAAUAGUAAUCGGCGCCAUCGGCCGCCUCAGUCAAUGCAUCACAGAAACGCGAGUGUGUCUCAAAACUGCCCUGCUUGAACGCCAAAAUAUUAGUUGCAUCAAAAAGGCCAUUAGUCACACUGCCAGCCCUCCUCUAAUGCCAUCCUGUCUCAACAGGUGUUUCCCACCACCCGUGAAGCCUUUCGUGAAUUUAUUCUGUCUGUCAGGGGUGCUACUGCAUCACCUGUCACUAUCUGCAUCACCUGUCAAAAAAAUAAAACUAGAAAUCGAUAAUGAAGAAACCGAAUGCGGCGCCGGAAAAGAAGGCGAAGCGAGAACCCGUGCGGUCCGUAAUGGAAAAGGGUCCAAUAAUGGUCCUAGUAGUCCAAAUGUCCGGUCGGACACACCCGCUUCGGAUGUAUCUGUGAGCAAUCUGACAAAAAAGUUUGGAUCUCGUACGGUUACUCCGUCCACUAGUCUAUGUGUUCCCUUUCCAACACCCAGUCCAUCGAUUAGUCUACAUGCAAGUGACUUUUCCGACUCAGAGUCCACCAUCUCUACGUCCGUAACUGAAAAUGACUUCCCCGAUUCAGUGUCUACCAUUUCCACACUCGUAACCGCAAGAGAGGCUCCGCCUGUCCUCCAGCAACCGCAACCGAAUAUGCACAGCGAUGAGGACCUCUGGUGUAACUGGGAUUCCUGGCAGCCCGUCUCUCAAUAUCAUCGUCACAACUGGCUGCCUUAUAGUGUCACCUAUUCCCGGGGUUUGCCCACCAGUAUUACCUAUCGUCGUCAAAAUAUAAAUUAUCAGUGGUGUCGUCCCGGCUGUACACCUCGUACGCCCUCAUAUAUACGUCAUAAUUCUUCUCUUCGUUUCAGACUAACGCCACCACGUUAUUAAUUGUGCCUCACACAUGUGAGGUCAUUACUUCUCCAAUUCCUUUCGUCCUAUUCAUUUCCUCCUCCUACCCAUCCCUUCAUAUUGUUCUUAUGUAGUCAAGGCCAGAGGAUCUAGCAACCUUAUAGCAGGAAACUGGAACCUCCCUUUCCACGGUUUCCCCCGCCUAUCCUAUUGUCAAUCUGCAAAGGACUAUCCCCAGUUCUUUGGGUUGUCAAGGCCCGCGGAUCCGGCAACCCUAUGGUAGGUAACUGGAGCCCCCCUAUCCACGGUUUCCCCCGCCUAUCCUGUCGUCAUCAUCACAACAUCUAUCCCCAGUUAGCCAUAAGGGCCGCGUGGCGAUUCUCAGUCCUAUCCUCUGACCGUCAUAAAUCCUUCCAGAUCUCCCAAAUUCAUUAAUCAAUUCUCCCAGAUUCCCUAAAACCUACCCCUCACCUGUCUUCCUCUAAAGUAAUUCCCAUCUCAUAACUAGUAGGCAAGCCCUAUGUCACGUCAGACUGGAAAAUUUCCAAUCUCGAAGAUAAAAGGGGGUUGAAAAUUAAAGCAGUAACUUUAAAGGAACCGGAAAAGGCCAGUCCGGGUAAGUAUGAGGUCAAGGAGGGUAAGUAGA